AUGCGACCAAGCUUCGGGCAUGGCCUACUUCAACAUAUGUUGGUGUUGGCUAAGGAUGCAGUAAAGGUAAAUGGGACAUUCCCAAAGACCCCAGAGUACAUAGAGGAAUGCCAAUAUCCAGAGGCACUAGACCCUAUUAUAGUGCAAGGCAAAAUUGUUAUCUGCACCUUCUCCACCGGCUUCUACAACGGGACUUCCAGUCUUAGAGCCAUUAUUGAGACAGCAAAGGUUUUGGGAUUCAUGGGUUUCGUGUUUGUAGCAAACCCGGCCUACGGAAACUUCGUCGCAGAACCUAUUCCGUUCUCCAUUCCCGGCAUUAUGACCCCAAGAACAAGUGAUGCUCUGAGUAUAUCGCGAUACUACGAGCAGCAAACAGACAGAGACCAGAGAGGCUUUGUGAUCAGAUUCAAUGCCAGAGCAUCCAUAGGAGAGGGAAGAAUUGCUUCUUACACGGGACGAGCGCCGAUCGUCAGCAGAUUCUCUUCAAGGGGACCCGAUUUCAUAGACCGUAGCCGGAACCCUACCGAUGUACUCAAGCCAGAUAUUUUGGCUCCAGGGCAACAAAUUUGGGCAGCUUGGAGCCCCAUGAGUGUUCUAAAUCCAAUCUUAUCAGGAAACAGUUUUGCACUGAUAUCUGGAACCAGCAUGGCAACACCCCAUAUUGCUGGCAUAGCUGCACUCAUCAAGCAGUAUAAUCCUUCAUGGAUACCAUCUACGAUUUUCUCUGCAAUGUCAACCACUGCCAGUAAGUACAAUAAUCUUGGAGAACUCAUAAUGGCUGAAGGACCUGAUAUCCAUAGCUUAUACCCGUCUACUCCUUUCGAUUUUGGUGCUGGCCUCGUCAAUCCGACCCGUGCCCUGGAUCCAGGCCUCGUCUUUUCAUCGGCAGAAUAUGAGGAUUACAUAAGCUUCUUGUGCUCUCUACCCAACGUUGAUCCAGCGACCAUCAAAACUGCAACCGGAGAAUUAUGCAGUCGCUCUUUUGGCAACCCCUCUGAUCUGAACAUCCCUUCAGUAACCAUAUCAGAACUUAGAGGAACACGAACCGUGCGAAGGAGUGUCAAGAACAUAGCUUGCAAGCCAGAGACCUACUUAUGUGCAGUGAUACCACCUAAGGGGGUGGUGGUUGAAAUACAUCCAUCAUGGUUUACAAUAGCUCCACAGAAAACCCAGGUUUUGGAAAUAAGACUCAAUGUGACUCAAGCACUUGAUGACUUCAGCUUUGUGACUGUUCUGCUGGAGUUCCGUGAAGAAUAA